UCGAUAGUUUAUUUCGUUCCAGCAGAAAGUAGUUCCUUCUUUCCGUUUGACAGAACGCGGACAUCAGAACAAUCUCAGCUUUCCUACAUUGUGCACGCGAAUGGUGUAACAUCACGCGAGUUAACAUCCAUAACCAUAAUAGUUUCGUUGUGCGUAGAUAUAUCUCUGCAUCAGGCCGUAUGUGAGAGAGGAGUGAAGUUCGGAAUAUCGUCAGAAACGUCUGCUAAACUCCGCGACGACAUCAGGUAUAUCUGACUCGUGCCCUGGGUCGAAAAUAGUCAUUCUUUUUGAGCAAGGAAAGGAAACCUUGUCGUCGGUCGGUCGUCCAUCAUCCAUCCACAGUGUAGUGCUUAGAUCGCAGCGUGAAAGAUUACGCAAAUAUCCCGAAAGCCAGAUCUGUCUGAUUGCGUUGGAAGGGAAGUGUGGUUGACGGUGGUUCCGAAAGAAAAAUUGAUUGAAUUAUAAUCGAUCCAUUGUGUUUCGGGCGGUGGCACGCGAGUGAUUUCCGAAUAGGUGUGAAAGAAGAAGAUAAGGCACGAAAAGCCCCAAUAGAAGUGAGCGGCAGUGCAUAAUCGCAGUGAUAAGGAGUGAUAACCGAUUCUUCCGUCGCCGUUGGGACAAAAUGAAAGCGCUGACCUUGGAGGAAGUGUUGAACCUGUGCGGCAUGGUUGCCUACUGCCAGGAGAGUCCUAUGCAUUUAAAGCGUUGCUCGACGGAGAAGCUACGCGAAAUCUUCAACAAAUAUGCCACACAGGAAGUGAACGGUGACCUGUACAUGACCAGCGAUGAUUUCGUGAGGGGUUUCCUCGGACAAUCAUACAAUGAGGAAUCGGUUAAACUGUUGGCCGGCAUUGCAGACACCAGCAAGGAUGGGCUGAUCUCGUUUGCCGAGUUCCAAGCGUUCGAAGGUCUGCUCUGCACACCGGACGCCCUGUACAAAACCGCCUUCCAGCUGUUCGAUCGCAAUGGUAACGGUUCGGUGACGUACAGUGAGUUUGUCGAUGUUUUCAAAAAGACAGAUCUGCACGCUAAAAUCCCGUUCAAACUGGACGGUCCAUUCAUACAGCUCUACUUCGGUAAGGACCGGCAGCGAACGAUCAACUAUGCGGAGUUUUCGCAGUUUUUGCACGACUUUCACGAGGAAUGCGCGCUCGAGGCGUUCCGAAUGAAAGACACCUCCGGGUCCGGGUUCAUCUCGGCACUCGAUUUUCAGGAUAUCAUGGUGAAUGUGAAGAAGCAUUUGCUGACGGCCGACGUCAAGGAUAAUCUAGUGGCGGUAACAGAAGGACACAAAGUCAGUUUUCCAUACUUUAUGGCAUUUAACUCGUUGCUAAACAACAUGGAGCUCAUCAAACGGAUCUACCUGAAUGCCACCAGUGGCAACCGAACGGAACCCAUCACCAAAGACGAACUGCUCCAGUCGGCACAAACGAUGAGCCAAAUCACUCCGCUGGAAAUCGAUAUUCUUUUCCAACUGACGGGUGCCAUUCAUCAGACGGGUGUUUGGUGGAAGCGUAGAAAAGUAAUUGAGAAGAAUAGGCGAAUUGUGUACGGCGAUUUGAGCAGUAUUGCACCGGAGCACUAUACCAAACAUAUCACAACCCGACUGACGGAGAUCAAAGCCGUGGAAUCGCCCGCCGAUCGGUCGAUCUUCAUCCAGAUGCUGGAGAGCACCUACCGCUUCACGUUGGGUUCCGUUGCUGGAGCCGUCGGGGCCACUGCAGUCUACCCAAUCGAUUUGGUGAAGACGCGAAUGCAGAACCAGCGAACUGGAUCGUUCAUCGGUGAAGUGGCCUAUCGGAACUCGUGGGAUUGUUGUAAAAAGGUCAUUCGCCAUGAAGGCUUCCUCGGGUUGUACCGAGGUCUGGUGCCACAGCUGAUGGGUGUGGCACCGGAAAAGGCCAUCAAGCUGACCGUGAACGAUUUCGUACGUGAUAAGAUGACCGACAAACAGGGCCAAAUUCCACGGUGGGCUGAGGUUCUUGCCGGCGCUUGUGCCGGUGGUUCUCAGGUAAUUUUCACCAACCCGCUGGAAAUCGUGAAGAUCCGGCUACAGGUGGCCGGUGAAAUCGCGGGCGGUGCCAAGGUUCGAGCCUGGAACGUGGUCCGCGAACUGGGACUCUUCGGCCUGUACAAAGGAGCCCGUGCCUGUUUGCUACGCGACGUGCCAUUCUCUGCCAUCUAUUUCCCGAUGUACGCUCACACGAAAGCUGCCUUUGCCGAUGAAGAGGGCUACAAUCAUCCGCUGACGUUGCUGGCGGCCGGUGCCAUCGCCGGUAUCCCGGCGGCUUCGCUGGUGACCCCGGCCGAUGUGAUCAAAACGCGACUCCAAGUGGUGGCCCGCACGGGACAGACCACCUACAACGGGGUGAUCGAUGCCGCCCGGAAAAUCAUGGCCGAAGAGGGACCACGUGCCUUUUGGAAGGGAACAGUUGCCCGAGUCUUCCGCUCCUCACCUCAGUUCGGUGUUACCCUAGUUACUUAUGAGCUGCUGCAGCGAAUGCUGUACGUCGACUUUGGCGGUUCGAGGCCGGCCGGUUCGGACGUGGCCCAGACCAAACAGGAACUGUCUAAGCUGAACCCGGAUCAUGUUGGUGGCUACCAGGCGGCACUGCCGAUGCUGAACGGAAUCGAAACCAAGUUUGGACUGAGUUUGCCACGGUUUUCGUCCACGUUGAAGGCGUCCUCGGCCAAGCAGGCCUCUUGAAACCUGCUGGGAUGGUUUGGGGGAGCUGGUGGUGGAGGCGACGGCGGCGGCACCGGAGAGGAUGGCCGCGGCCGCGGAGGAGGUAACAAACGGUGGAGUAACUUCUUCUGGUAGCAACAGAACUUAGUAGGCUAGGCGUGACUGGACGGACGCCCAACAGGUGCGCGAGGAGUAUUUAUUGAGGAAUGAACGAGAGAGCGUGCGAGUGUGUGUGGUUCGUUGAGAGCUACCGAGUUCCGGUAGGAAUUGAUGUCGCGAAUGGAAGGAAGGCGUGGCGAGCACGCCGGAUACUAUACGUAGUUUAGACAUGUUAUAGAGCGUGAUAGUUCUAUUUUAAUUCUCUAGUUCACACAAAACGUCAACGUCCGAGAUGAUUUAGUGAUUUUCGUUAUCAAUCAUUUGAGUGAGAUUAAUCGUUUUUAGAGUUUAAAUUUGUACGACGGAAAAUUGACGAAAAACAGAUAUAUGAGAGAAUAAAGUGCAUUUGUUUUUACUAGGCAUUUAA